GGCUUCGCGUGCGUAGCCAUGAAAUAUCUAGUUCAUGCUCAUUGCCAGAUAUGUCGGCAAAAUUCGCGAUCUCUGUGUUUGUUGAUUGUUUGGAAUGAUGUUGCAGGCUUCUGAUCCGGCUUCGGGGGGUUUUUGAAGUUAUUAUAGGUUGCUCUGUCCAGAGAAUCGCAGCGAGGAUGUCUGGCGGAAAUAACCCUUCUGGGCAAUCAUCUAGCAGUCCUUUUGGGUCCCAAUCAGUCCUUGGGCAGGCAAGCAACCCAACCAAUCCUUUUGCCCCACAAUCUUUUGGUAGCCUAAACCCUUUUGGCACUCAAAACGGGAAGCUCCAUGUUCGGUGGAACUUCAACUGGUAUUUUUGGAGCUACUCGAACCUCUCUGCCUUUUUCUACUACGCCUCCGUUUGUUGCUUCAUCUUCACCAUCUUUUGGAACUUCAACACCCACUUUUGGUGCAUCAUCAACUCCCGCUUUUGGAAGCUCUUCCUCAGCUUUUGGUGCAUCUUCUCUUUUUGGACAAACGCCUGCUUUUGGUGGGUUUGGUUCGACCCCUCCUCAAACAAGCCAUUUCGGAAGCACAAGUCAGCCAUCACGGCCAGCAUUUGGGAGCAAUGUUUUCGGUUCCUCCCCCACCUUUGGUGCCUCAAGUCAGUCAGCAUAUGGCGGUACUAGCACUCCUGCCUUUGGUUCAACCAGUACCCCUCCAUUUGGAGCUACAAGCACUCCUGCCUUUGGUUCAACUACCACUCCUCCAGUUGGUAGCACGGACUGUAUUUGGGAGCAAUGUUCUGGUUCUUCCCCCAACUUUGGUGCAUCAAGUCAGUCAGCAUCUUCGACCUAAAAAAAAAAAGUCAGUCAGCAUCUGGCGGUACUAGCACUUUUGCCUUUGGUUCUACCGGUACCCCUCCAUUUAGAGCUACAGGCACCCCUGCCUUUGGUUCAACUACCACUCCUCCAUUUGGUAGCACAGGGACUGCAUUU